CUCCAUUCUGUUAGCUCUCAGGCACAUCUAAGGCAAGACUGGCACCCAGCGCACAGCAGGAAGCCUGUGGCCUCUUCUGGUGACUGACCACAUACCCACCCCAUGUACCAUGGAGUCCUUCAGCUCCAAGAGUCUGGCAUUACAAGCCGAGAAAAAGCUACUGAGUAAAAUGGCUGGGCGGUCUGUGGCUCAUCUCUUUAUCGACGAGACCAGCAGCGAGGUCCUAGAUGAGCUUUACCGUGUGUCCAAAGAAUACACACACAGCCGGCCCAAGGCACAACGGGUGAUCAAAGACCUGAUCAAGGUGGCUGUGAAGGUGGCCGUGCUGCACCGUAGUGGCUGCUUCGGUCCUGGGGAGCUGGCUCUGGCUACACAAUUUCGCCAGAAGCUCCGGCAGGGCGCGAUGACCGCGCUUAGCUUUGGCGAGGUGGACUUCACCUUUGAGGCUGCAGUGCUAGCAGGCCUGCUGGUCGAGUGCCGGGACAUUCUGCUGGAGCUGGUGGAGCACCACCUCACACCCAAGUCACAUGACCGCAUCAGACACGUGUUUGAUCACUACUCUGACCCUGACCUGCUCGCUGCCCUCUACGGGCCUGACUACACUCAGCACCUUGGCAAGAUCUGUGACGGGCUCCGGAAGCUGCUCGAUGAGGGGAAGCUCUGAGGCCCCAGAGCCCAGCACACUGGACUUUGGCAAAAUGACUGACCAGGAAAAUGACAGCUCAGGCUUUCUAACCCUGCACAAAUGCUUUUCAAUCCCCUGGCUUCAUUCUCUCCCAAGAGUGUUGACGACGCGGAUACAGCCCCCACUCCCAAACCGCUGGUGGAGAAGAGCAGCUCUGAGCCGAGUGAGGCGGCUUUCCUGUCCAGUUGCCAGCAAAGGGAACAGCUGACCGCAGAAGUGAAACUCGGGUCUGCUUCUCCCAGGAGGGCUGCCUGGGACAGGGCCUCCUCCUCCUCAAACCCAAGGAAGGGGGCACUAAGGGCCAGAAGGAGGAAGGUGGCCAUCAGAGACCUCCCUCCGGAUCUCCCGGAGCUUGGGCACACAGCAGAGGCUGUGUAGAAGGUGCUGGGGGAGGGGAAGCACAGGGGAAUAAAACCACUAAA